CACUUUGAUAUUCCCCCUCUCGGCUCUCCGCAGCGCACUCACGGAGCUGCUCCGCUCUCACUCACUCCGUCCGCACUUUGGUUCCAUCUCGCUCCGCUCGCCGUGUCCAAGACGCGCCAGCACACACAGACAGCUCCCUGAGCACUGCGGCCGGUCCACGCGAGGAGGGCUCUGACUCUUCGUGUCAUUAAGAGAAUUAAAGGAAGGGACAGAGAAACUAAUCACGGUCCAGACUGAGCAGAGACUCUGAGAGGCGGGAGCAAAGAAGCUGUAACUUGCUGCUUUCAGCACAGACGCUCUGAACUGAGCUCCAAGUUGGAGAAGGAACCACCCGGAGCCUGCUUAAGCACACGGCGCUGUGGAGGAUAUUACGUCCACCUUUUCUCCCGUGUAGCAGAAUGGCGAGAGAUUACGCGGCGCGCUGCCCGCUGUAUCCGGCUUGGCUGGUGGCAGCAGUGGUCCUCCUUGCAGCCCAAGGAACUGGAGCUCCAAAGGUGCAAGUUAUGGAGGAGCUGGAGGCGUACCCCACAGAGUCUGUGGACCUCAGCUGCCAGUUCAACGAUGGAGGAGGCCUCACCAAGCUCACACAGGUUUCUUGGAUAUGGGAACCUGUUGAUGGGCACAGGGACAACAUUGCUGUGUACCACCCAGUGUACGGACAGAGUUUCCCCAACGUGGCCUUCAAGGACCGAGUUGUGUUCCUGCACAACAGUCUGGAGAACCCGUCCAUCAGGAUUUCCAACCUGAGGAUGUCCGACGCCGGCCGCUACACCUGCGAGUACGCCACCUACCCCACUGGAAACGAGCAAGGCACGACCACCCUCAUCAUGCUCGCCAAGCCCAAGAACUCGGCCAGUGGUCUGACUGUCCAAGCCGGCACGAAGUCCGUGGUGGUGGCCCGGUGCGUGGCGGCCGACGCCAAGCCGGCAGCCACAAUCGAGUGGUUGGCGCCGGUGGGAGGCAAUCACUCGACCAGCACCACGAGUGGGCCGGACGGUACGGUGACGGUGCGCAGCGAGUACCGGCUGGUCCCGACGCCGGCGGACAACGGCAGGGAGGUGAUCUGCAGAGUCGACCAGAAGACGCAGAAGCAGCCGUGGGUUUACCCCAUCAAGCUUUCUGUGGAGUAUGUGCCGUCUGUGUCUAUAGAGGGAUAUGAUCAUAACUGGUACGUCGGCCGUUCUGAUGCCAUGCUGGUCUGCCUGGCUAAUGCCAACCCGGAGCCCACUACCAUCACCUGGACUGCGGCUUCAGGUCCUUUGCCAGAAACAGUGAUGGUGGAGGGCAACAAGCUGACUGUGAGGAAGGUGGAUGAUGCUGUCAACACCACCUUCAUCUGUGAGGUCAAGAAUAAACUCGGGUCCAGCAGGCACCAAAUCACCACUGCUGUCAUUGAAGAGGAACGGCAGCUCAUUCAAGGUCCAUCAACAGGUGCUGUAAUAGGAGCCGUCCUCGGGGCUCUCAUCUUCAUCUGCAUCAUCAUCAUCGGCAGCAUCUUCUUCAUCCGCAAUCGCCAGGAGGACGGAGAAGGCCCCCCCAAGCACAAGCCACCUCCCCCCAUGAAGGCAGGCAGUUCAACAGAAAUGCUCAACAAGCCAUCAGAGCCUCCCACAGCCACAGAGACAGCGCCUCUCAGCCCAGGAGAGGUUUACUACGAGCCCACAGGGGGAGAGCCUGUCACUAACUUGGACGAUGAGACCACCGGCGCCCUGAACGGCAGAGCCCCUCCAGUCAAAUAUGACAACGAGCACAAAGACCACGCAGCGGACGGUCACCACGGCAAUGAUUUGGAUUCAUCCAAUCACGAGGCGCCAACUGCCAACAUUUCUCGUGGCGAGAGCUUUGUGUCUCCUGCCAUGUAUGUGUAGCCUUGGCAACCAGAACACCACAUCACAGGCGUGCGGGCGAGUGCCAGGUCACCCAAAUUAGCAUGAAAAGUAAAGGCAAGCACACGUUUCCACCCUUUUAUCGUUCAAACCUUUUAAAGUUUAAGAAGUUUUAAGCCACACAUGCCGAAUGUUUUGAGUUUGUUUUUAUUCACUUUUCUUAUUUAGUGGGUUUAAAUAUCUCCUCACCAUAUAAAUAAUUUGUUUUUGAUUUUGUUGUAAUGGUACUUGAGACAACGAAGAAUUCGCUCGGUUCAAAUCCAAACAGCCUGUUUUUGUUUGAUUAUUUUUAUUUUUUAACCUCAGCCAAGUGGACCAUCAUCACCAUUAUCUCCCAGAAAACCUGAAAGUACCAUGCAGCACAUCAAUACUGGACACACACACACACACACACACACACACACACACACACACACACACACACACACACACACACACACACAGAGCCAGUAAAAUCACUUUAAAUGAGAAAACUUUUACAGUAAUUUAAAAAGUUAAUUACACCAUGAAGAGCUUGUGUAAUGUCAGUAUGCUAAUAAGCAACAAAUGAGUAUAAUGUGUUUUACUUGUGUGUAGUCUCUGCAAAUUGUUUGAUUCACUAUCAAAUACAAUAUGCAACAUCUUGUGCAAUGACCACACAGUCAGAAAGUGAUUAUUAUACGAGAGGCUGCCGGUCCCGAGCUCCUCUCCUCUCAUCUGUGGGAAGUAAUUUUCACUCUAAGUACAGAUGAAACACCAGGCAGCAGCAGAGGUACUACAGCAGGAGUAAAAAUACCGCCUGUGAAAUCCGUUCAGAGCACUCCUGUUUUUGUUGAGUUUGAAUUAGUGGAAGCUGAAUUCGCCCCAGGAAGUCCAAAGCCUGAUCAUCUGGCUCUCCAGGCAGCUUCAUUAAUCGCUCGAGACGUUUCGCAAUAUUUCGCUUAUUUAUCAAGUCCUAAAAUAACUGUAAAGGGAAAAAUCUCAUCCUUGGCCAGGCUACGGUCCAAUACAGCAGUAUUCCACUUUAUUAUGUUGUCAAAGGGCCUCAUCUGUCCCUGCAACUGUCAGAGCAGCGGGGCUGCUCGUUAGCACUAACGAAGGGGAAGUGACAUCGUUUUCAAGCUCUGUAACCUGGCAACAUCACAUAAUUUAAAGUCCAUGAUUCAUAUUUGUUCUUGUUAAUUGCAACAGUUGGUAAGACUUGAAGAAGUGAAAGACAGGCUAAAGAAAAGCACACUCUGUGGGUUUUCUCACACACACAAAUAAAAAGCCUCCACACAUUUUUGUUUUCAGUCUUUAAUCAAUCACACUGUUAAGGUUUGGGAAACAUUACAAGGAAUGUAUUACAAAAUGUGUAAAUGCUCAACAUAUAUUAGAAGGAUACUGCCAUUACAGCCAUUUUAUACCAUUAGGAUGGCCAUAGAGUCUGAUAUAUGCGGAUCAUUUGGCACAUGUAGAAAAUAUGCAGUCUGCAGUUUAUCCCAGAGCCAACCUGAGCAACACGAGGUGAGCAACAACUAUGCCUUCAGGCUGAAUCCAAAAUUGGUCUUCACAGAUGUCAGAUGAUGGUACCAAAUCAUGAAUAGUGUAAAUAGUAUUGAUAAUAUUGAUGAAUAAUAUAUUGUUGGUGAAAUGUGUACACAUCAAAAAAUAAACCAGUGUAAGUGUCAUCAGUGCCUCUGUACAGGGGAUGGAAGUUUGUUAAAUGUCAAUGAGCGACUAAAAAAAAAACAAAGUGUAUAAUAUUAAUAUUUUGCUUUUCACGGGUGCAUCAAAGGUGUCACUUAAUCCUAAAAUGUUUUGAGUAUCUAAAAAAAUGGUGUGGAUUUUACUCCGUGUUCAUAUUACUCUGCAUGGCAUGAUCGGUGGCUUGUUGAAACACUUUCCCAAGGCUGUUUGCAGAAUAAUCUUCAUUUGUAAUAACAUUUCUGAAUGUCUCAAAAGAAAGCUGUUUUCAUCUCUGUCUCAAUGCGUCUGUCACAACCACGCACACCACGAGUCCAAUCUAAGUUGAGAGAGCGGGAUGUUUUUUGUUUUUAUUUUCCCUUCUUUUUGUCUCGUGACGGCUCCGCGGGCUGCCGCUUUUUAUCUCGAGCGCUAAUCCCAGAAUGCAGUCAGCAUGAAAUCGCCAUCGCCGCCGAGUUCAGCACACAAAAAUCUUGACCUCUUGUUUCAGAGCUUGAGCCGCACAGAUCUCUCUGCGCGCUCAUGUUUGAGUGUCGGGGUGCAGGCAGUUGAUAAACUGCAGAUUUUUCAGCAGGUAUGAAAGUUAAUGGAGGUGUCAGACAGACACGGGUGGGAACAGAAGGCAGAGAGAUGCAGUUCAUGGUGGAGUAAUAAUAUCAGAUCAAGGAGGACGGAGAAAAUUAAAACAAUAAAGCAGAAAAAUUAUCACAGCUUUCAGUUUUUGCAAAAAUGAAAUGAAUUUUGUUGACAAUCAUUUAUUUUAUUUAUCUUAUUCAUUAUAAAGCGCUCAUUUAUGCUGCAGUGUAAGCGCUUUGAGUGCUCAUAUCUGAGUAGAAAAGCGCUAUAUAAGAACUAGUCCAUUUACCAUUUACCAUGCUAACUGAAAUCCUGCUACAUUGUUGCUCUUUCCCAACAGAGACGCGUGUUCUGCUGAUUACGUGGAGAGUUUUCAUAAUGCAGCACAUUGUGGAAAUUAGCCGAUAUGCUAGCUUCAGUAUUUAUUUAUCUCAUAUCAUGUUUGUGUGCUGAAUCAGGACAGAUGGGGUAAAGACGGGACGUCUGCAGCAGCAAAUGCUGCUAAAGUUUGUCCCACUGAGAUGUUUAUUUGCAGUACAGGAAAUAUCUGCAUGCUGCACGGGCCUAUUUCCAUAUUUUAGUAGAGUCGCGCCACAUUAAUAAGUAUACGGCUUUUUGACUCGCUGAUAUGAUGCAGUGUCAGACAAUCAUAUAUGAUGUAUUUUACAGCCCCACCGCAGAAGCAAACUGUCAUGAAGGGAAUUCACUGUAAUGCUUUUUGUCCCUAAAUUAUUUUCAGAAAAUGAAUGAAUAUUUAGUUUCCUGUGGAUUUAUUGUGUUUAAUGUCUUAGCCGGCGGGCUGUUCUUCAGAGAUUGAGCAAAAGGGAAAAGACAAUCACUGGGACCCAUUAUAUCAGAGACCAAUGACUCAGCAAAGCUUUCAGACUCUGCCGUCUCAUUUAAGGACCAUUCAGUUUUACCCUUACGUUUAAUAGAGCUGCUUCAUUGUCAGGUAUCUGGAUUAGAUUCUUCCCAUUUCUAAGAAUAGACGUGAAGCUGACUCAUAGGAUGGAAACUCCCACAAAGCAUAAUUCAGUUUACACAGCACGGCUCCACAGUUCUAAGAUGGUGAUCUGAGAUGAGUGCAGUGAUUUUACAUGGAUUAUCAGUUAGAUAAAGACUCUGGUUCCCCCCCUGUGAGAGCUGCAGUGCUGCCUCUUGGCCCAGGUGCUUUGCUCCAUCUCCCGACUUCCUCACUUAUUCGUUCAGUUCCAGAAACACAAGCUGUGAAUGCGGCGGGAACGCCGUUCAGUCUCUGUUUUGUUUCUCCGAUCUCUCGCUCAUUCAUCGUCACCGCUUCUCAUCACGGAGCCAGACGUGCCUUCUUUAUGUUAUUUUUAGCUUCUCGCAUUUCUUCUCUGAGCGAUGAACAGAUGAUGAAACGGGGAAAUACACAAACACAGUAUGUGUUUGAUAAUGACAAAACAAAAACACUGGAGAUCAAAUCAUUUUUGUGAGUGUUUAUUGAUUUUUCUAUCAUUUAUUUUGUGUAUCACAGAUCAAUUAUCAUUUUGUAUGCUUUUUGGGAAUCCUAUUGUACAUGUUUUACAACUCAUUGUCUUGUCAAAUAAAA